AAGGGUCUAGUCAUCUUCACAGGCUGCAGCCAUGCUGGGCUGAUCAAUAUUGCGAAGCAUGCCAAGUCUUUAGACGACAGCCCUAUCUACGCGAUAAUUGGAGGGUAUCAUCUUGCCGAUGCAAGCAAUGAGAAGAUGCGCCGUACUAUGGACGACCUAAAGCAGUUGGAGCCCUCUAUAUUGAUGCCUGGCCAUUGCACUGGGUGGAGAUUUAAAUUGCUCAUCGAGCAUGAGAUGCCUGGCCAAAUGGCGCCGAUUUUUGGAGGAACUAAG